AUGUCCUUUUUCUGUUUCGCCUCGCCCCCGGUCUGCACUCUGUCACCGUCUCGGCGACUCUGUCGGCUGUGCUGUGUUUUCCAGAACGAAGAGGAACUCAUGGAGACUCUCUCGCAAAGCCUGCUGGCUGCCGUGGACCGCGACUGCGUUGCUGGAUGGGGAGCGGUCGUCCACGUCAUGACCCCGAACAAAAUCACGACUCGCCAACUGAAGUGCCGGAUGGACUAA